CCCUUUUGACAUCGUUUUGUCUAUCUUCGGUAGGCCGCCAACCGUUGCUUUUUGACCGGUCGUCUCUUUCAUUCCUUUUCUUGCCAGAACCGAAUCUGUAUCUCUUCCUCUGCUUUGACGUUCUUCCUUUUCCUUCUUUUCUUGAAAGCUAGAAGGUUCAUUUUCAUUUCUGAAGCUGAAAAAUGUCCGUGGACUUGGAGGAUUCGAGUGAAAAAAUGGAACUGAAAACAGAUCCGGAGAAGCGCCAGCAUGUGCCGUAUAUCCUGAACGGAGAACUAUAUCGCAUUGAGAACCAGGUGGGCGAUAAUGUCACGGUUAAAUGCUGCUACUGUCCGCCGGAUCGGAUUUAUCGUGGCAGUGUGCGUUCCACCGGGAAUUUUCAUAUGCACAUUAAGAGACGUCAUAGUUCCUUGCUCGGGAAACUGCACGAAAUGAAGGUGGCCGCAUUGGAGGAGCGCCGUGAUCGCAUUAUGAAGAACAGGCGAUUCGGAAAACCCCGCAAGAAGACCCCGAUUCCGAACAACGACACGGAUUCGCAGACUACGGCUGGAGUUUUGUCGGAGAUUACGACAUCUGCGGGAAAUGGAAGCCACGAGCUGAAAAUCAAAACGGUGUUCCAGCGCCACAUGCAAGAGCAGGAGGGAGCAACUCGCAAGUCCGGAGAUUCUACUUCAGAUAAAAACGUAAAAGCUAAUCCACCAAAUAGUGCAGGCAACGUUAAUCAGGAUCUCUCAAAUUACUCGGUAGAGAGGCUGCCUUCCGAUUCGAAGAUUACUGCUGCUAGUGUCACCCUUUUGGGUCGUCCGGUAAAGCCUGAGCAAGUUAGUGGCCCCUCAUCCCUGUCUGAUCCGCCGGGCGUCAUCGAUCUGAGCCGAGCUCCAUCGGUGCAGGGCGAAACCAAGUCAAGCUGCUCGCUGGCCUCCUCAAUGGAGGACGUCUCCAUGGAGUACUCUCGCUCACAGGCGCUCUCACAAUCGUUGUCCUUUACCCACUUCCUGGAGCACCCGCAGCGGGAUGUCCUGCUGCGCCUGGAGCGCACAAUGACCCAAAUAAGCCAAGAAUUGCAUUGCCGAAACCGAAUUGAGCACAAUCGAAUGAUGCUGGAAGCGGCCAAGUUUAAGUUUCUCAAUCCGAACUUUCAAUUUGAACCCACUAUAUAGUGAUGUCCUUUUCACCCAUUAUUUCAGCUUUACCAAAAUUUAGUGCCGCGGGUACAUAGGUCUGAAUCCGUAUCAACAAUUUAAUACCACUUUAUAAGUGGCCUAAAAGAUAAACACCUUUUAUUUCAAAUGUAAUAAAAAAAAAGAACCUAAAAUACACAUUGCGAUUUGUGAGUACGGAACCUUAA